AUGAUGAGGCUAAAACACAAUCUAAAUAGAUUCAAUAAAGAGACUGUUGGUGAUAUUGGAAAGUCUUAUUCUUUGGCAAAGGAGACAUACCAUGAGGCUUUAUUUGAUGAUCAAGCCAAUCAUGGGAAUUUUUCUUUUCAAGAAGCUGAGAAAAAGGCAGCUGAGGCAUAUGAAACUCAAGGUAAAAUGUAUCAUAGCUUCCUUAGACAUCGUAGUAAAAUCACUUGGCUAAGGAAAUGUGAUGAUAAUAAUGCCUAUUUUUAUGCUUUUCUUAAGAAAAGGAAGAUAAAUAAUAGAAUUGUUUCCUUUGUUAAUAAGGAAGGAAAGCAAAUGGAUUGUUUCCCUGAGGUGGUGGACCAUUUUUUUAAAGCAUUUAAAAGGUUUAUGGGGAGUUUGAGUAUUGCCCAGUCUUUGCUUAAUCGAGAGUGUAUGGACAGGGGGAGAAAGCUUUCUUUAGACCAGCAAGUUGGGCUUUUAAAGCCCUUUACCAGAAAAGAAAUAAAGAAAGCUUUUUUCAGCAUCCUCAAUACUAAGUCUCCAGGUCCUGAUGGCUAUGGUUCAGGUUUCUACAGGGAGUUAUGGCCAGAAAUUGGAGGGGAAAUAUGCACAGACGUGUUGCAAUUCUUUAAGAAUGGUAAGUCUCCUGCUGGUCUUCAUGAAACUAAAAUUUUAUUAGUGCCAAAAAUAGACUGUCCUUCUCGUGUGAUAGACUAUCGUCCAAUUGCCUAA